CUGAGCAAAGCAUCAUGACGAGCCAUCAGGCAGUAAAAUCCUUCAAGAAAUCUUCUGUCCCAGGAGUUGUUAUCACCCAGUUUGUGGAUGAUAUUCCAAAAGGAUGCAGUACACCUGACUUUGAGCGGAAACCAGUCACUCUGACAUUGCAGGAAGGUAAAAAUGCCAUUUUCAGAGCUGUGGUCAAAGGUGUCCCCACCCCUGACGUGAAAUGGACGCGUGUACAAGGAAGAAUGGAUGAUCCUGCCAAAUACGAAACAUUCUUCAAUAACGUUACAAAUGAAUUCAUUCUGCAGAUAAACAAACUCACUAGAGAUGACAGUGAUUUGUAUCGUUGCUUUGCUGUGAAUGAAUAUGGGGAAGCUGCAUGCUCUGCUGGCCUCAGGAUCAUACAAGUUGGCUUUAAGAGGAAAGCAAAAUAUGUUCCUGUUUAUCCUGCUGAUGAGUUCAAAAAGAAGCUUCAGGACUUCAGGAAGCUGCUGAGGAAGCGGGCCCCAGCACCAAAACCAAAACCCUUGGACAAAGAAGCAGUCUGGCAACUGUUGCUGCAUGCAGAUAGGAGAGAUUAUGAGAAAAUCUGUAUGAAAUAUGGAAUUGUUGACUUCCGUGGGAUGCUGAGAAAGCUGCAGGAGAUAAGGAAGGACACAGAGAGUGAACAAGGAGAGUUAAUACACAGUAUCAGAAACUUUGAACACAUCAAAGUCAACAAGGAUGGAAAAGCUACGUUCAGUCUGAUGAUGGACCUGAAAAACAGUAACAGCAAAGUUUAUCUGCUUAAGGACGGUGAGAGGCUCCGAUAUGGAACGGGGGAUGAAUACAGAAAGCACUGCCUGAGGCGAAUUGGAAAAAAGUAUAAUUUCAUUGUCAAUGAUGUGCAGCCAGACGAUGCAGGCUUGUAUCAAGUCAGAGUGGAGGAUGUACCUGUUUUCUCAACAGAACUGGAUGCUGAAUCCAUCCCUGUGAGAUUUGAGCAGCCACUCAAGGAUGUGCAUUGUCCUGAGGAAGAAGAUGCUGUCUUUGAGUGUACCCUACGCGCACCCUGCUACGAUGCUGUGUGGCUACACAAAACCCACCUCCUCGAGGCAAGUGAGAAGCACCAGAUCUCCAUAACACCUGAUGGUCUGAACCACCAGCUGAUUAUCAAAAACGUUGUGCCCUCUGACAACGGCAUGUACACGCUCGACACUGGACUCUGCUCCUCAAAUGCCUGGCUUAUUGUAGAGUAUCCCAAAGGAAAGAGGAGACAGGGUGAAGGAGGUGAAAGAGAGAAAACUGAGUGGCUGAAAGAAACAUUGCCAGAUAAAGACAGGGCUAAGAAACUUCGACGCAGAGAAUAUGUUGGUGAUGAAGAUCAUCUUAUGGACACUGGCGAGGAAGAAGAUGGCUGGUACAGAAAUGGUCAAGGCGGCAGUCAAGGCCACACCACUGAUGUUGAUGGAAGCCAUAGAUUUUUGGGAAAAGAUGGGCUACACGGAGCCCACAGAAAUGGAAGGAUGGGAUUUGGGCAGUUUUCUGGAGCAGAACUAGAUGGAGACUCAAGGACAAAUGAUGGUAGUAGCUUUGGAUUAAAAGGUUUAGGAGGCAAAAGUGGAUUAAGGCCUUUCCAUGGCAAGGAUUCUAUGACAGGCAGAGCAGAUACUGGUGAUGAAUUAGGAGGAGCAGGUGAAUGGUAUUCUGUGGAUGGCAAAGAUGGUGGUAUGCUGGAUGCUGCUAACAUUGACAUGGAUGAUGGAGAAGGUGUGGGCUCUCAGCAUGACAAGGAUGGUAAAUUACGUGAUACUAGUUACAGAGCUGGCUUUGGGGGUGUUGGGAGAUUAGGUGCUACUGAUGGAAGUUCUGUGUUAGAUGGACUCGAUCCCGACUCAACUGGAGUGGGAGAUAGAGGAAUGAGGUCCCCCUAUGGCAAGGAAGGUCUGCCAACUCUAGUUGAUAGGAAUGGAGCAAGUAUAAACAGAGAAGGACAAACAGGGACUCCCCAUGGCAAGGAUGGCCUGACACUUCAUGCUAGCGGUCAUUUAGGUCAGGCAGGAAGGUCUGGCUUGCUGUAUGGCCCAGGUGGUCUUCUAGCUGGAGAGGGGGCUAUAUCUGGUGCAGGUGGCAGUUCUACAGGGGAAAUGCAGACUUUGUAUGGUCCAGAUGGUCGGCCAGUUGGAGCAGGUGUUGGUGAUGCUGGUGUAGCUGGUGCAGGGGCAGGUGGGUCUCCCUAUGGAAAGGAUGGGGGAUUUGGGGCUCCUUAUGGAAAGGAUGGUCUCCCAGCCGGAGCAGGUGUUGGUGGUGCUGGUAUAGCUGGUGCUGGAUCUCCCUAUGGAAAGGAUGGUUUCCCAGCUGGAGCUGGUGUUACUGGUUCAGGGGGAUUUGGAUCUUCAUAUGGAAAGGAUGGUCUUCCAGCUGGGGCUGGCAUUGAUGGUGCUGGUGUAGCUGGUGCAGGGGGACUUGGGUCUCCCUAUGGAAAGGAUGGUCUGCCAGCUGGGGCUGGUGUUGCUGGUGCUGGUGUAGCUGGUGCAGGGGGAGUUGGGUCUCCCUAUGGAAAGGAUGGUCUCCCAGCUGGGGCUGGUGUUGGUGGUGCUGGUAUAGCUGGUGCAGGGGGAGUUGGGUCUCCCUAUGGAAAGGAUGGUCUUCCAGCUGGGGCUGGUGUUGGUGGUGCUGGUGUAGCUGGUGCAGGUGGAGUUGGGUCUCCCUAUGGAAAGGAUGGUCUUCCAGCUGGAGCAGGUGUUGCUGGAGCAGGUGUUACCGGUUCAGGGGGAUUUGGAUCUUCAUAUGGAAAGGAUGGUCUUCCAGCUGGGGCUGGCAUUGAUGGUGCUGGUGUAGCUGGUGCAGGGGGAGUUGGGGCUCCAUAUGGAAAGGAUGGUCUCCCAGCUGGGGCUGGGGCUGGUGUAGCUGUUGUAGGGGGUGUUGGGUCUCCCUAUGGAAAGGAUGGUCUCCCAGCUGGGGCUGGUGUUGGUGGCGCUGGUGUAGCUGGUGCAGGGGGAUUUGGGUCUCCCUAUGGAAAGGAUGGUCUCCCAGCUGGGGCUGGUGUUGGUGGUGCUGGUGUAGCUGGUGCAGGGGGAGUUGGGUAUCUGUAUGGAAGGGAUGGCCUCCCUGCUGGAGCAGGUGUUGGUGGGGCUGCAGUUGGUGAUUUUGGAGGUGUUGGAUCUCCCUACGGAAAGGAUGGUCUGCCAGCUGGAGCUGGUGGUGGUGGUGCUGGUGUAGCUGGUGCAGGAGGAUUUGGGUCUCCAUAUGGAAAGGAUGGUAUCCCAGCUGGGGCUGGUCUUGCUGGAGCAGGCGUCGGUGGUGGUGGUGCUGUUGUGUCUCCCUAUGGAAAGGAUGGUCUGCCAGCUGGGGCUGGUGUUGGUGGGGCUGGUGUAGCUGGUGCAGGGGGAUUUGGGUCUCCCUAUGGAAAGGAUGGUCUCCCAGCUGGGGCUGGUGUUGGUGGUGCUGGUAUAGCUGGUGCAGGGGGAGUUGGAUCCCCUUAUGGAAAAGGUGGUCUCCCAGCCGGGGCUGGUCUUGGUGGUGCUGGUGUAGCUGGUGCAGAGGCAGUUGGAUCUCCAUAUGGAAAAGAUGGUCUCCUGUCUGGAGCAGGUGUUGGUGGUGCUGGUGUAGCUGGUGCAGGGGCAGUUGGGGCUCCCUAUGGAAAGGAUGGCCUCCCUGCUGGUGCAGGCAUUGGUGUUGGUGGUGCAGGGGGAGUUGGAUCUCCCUAUGGAAAGGAUGGUCUCCCAGCUGGAGCUGGUCUUGGUGGUGUUGGUGUAGCUGGUGCAGGGGGAUUUGGGUCUCCCUAUGGAAAGGAUGGUCUCCCAGCUGGGGCUGCUCUUGCUGGGGCUGGUGCUGGUGUAGCUGGUGCAGGGGGAGUUGGGUCUCCAUAUGGCAAGGAUGGUCUCCCAGCUGGGGCUUGUCUUGGUGGUGCUAGUGCCGGGGGAGUUGGGGCUCCCUAUGGAAAGGAUGGUCUCCCAGCUGGGGCUGGUGUUGGUGGGGCUGGUGUAGGUGGUGCAGGGGGAUUUGGGUCUCCCUAUGGAAAGGAUGGUCUCCCAGCUGGGGCUGGUGUUGGUGGUGCUGGUGUAGCUGGUGCAGGAGGAGUAGCGGUUCCAUAUGGCAAGGAUGGUCUCCCAGCUGGGGCUGGUGCUGCUGGGGCUGGUGCUGGUGUAGCUGGUGCAGGGGGAUUUGGGUCUCCCUAUGGAAAGGAUGGUCUCCCAGCUGGGGCUGGUGUUGGUGGGGCUGGUGUAGCUGGUGCAGGGGGAUUUGGGUCUCCCUAUGGAAAGGAUGGUCUCCCAGCUGGGGCUGGGGCUGCUGGGGCUGGUGUAGCUGGUGCAGGGGGAGUUGGGUCUCCCUAUGGAAAGGAUGGUCUCCCAGCUGGGGCUGGUGCUGGUGUAGCUGGUGCAGGGGGAGUUGGGUCUCCAUAUGGAAAGGAUGGUCUCCCAGUUGGGGCUGGUGCUGGUGUAGCUGGUGCAGGGGGAGUAGGGGCUCCAUGUGGCAAGGAUGGUCUCCCAGCUGGUGCUGGUGUAGCUGGUGCAGGGGGAGUUGGGGCUCCCUAUGGAAAGGAUGGUCUCCCAGCUGGGGCUGGUGUUGGUGGUGCUGGUGCAGGGGGAGUUGGAUCUCCCUAUGGAAAGGAUGGUCUCACAGCCGGGGCUGCUCUUGGUGGUGCUGGUGCAGGUGGAGUUGUUUCUCCAUAUGGAAAGGAUGGUCUCCCAGCUGGGGCUGGUGUUGGUGGGGCUGGUGUAGCUGGUGCAGGGCGAGUAGGGGCUCCCUAUGGAAAGGAUGGUCUCCCAGCUGGGGCUUGUGUUGGUAGUGCUGGUGUAGCUGGUGCAGGGGGAUUUGGGUCUCCAUAUGGCAAGGAUGGUCUCCCAGCUGGGGCUGGGGCUGGAGCUGCUCAUUUUCCUUUUGGAGGUGAAGAAGUAAUGGGAUCUCGCCAUGGCAGGGAUGCUAUGCUGAGCAGAGCUCAAGGAUAUAUAGGUGGAGCAGGAGGAGAUGGCUUUUCCUCAGAAGGCAGUGGUGUCGGUGGCUCUGCAAUACGGGGUGCUCGGUCUCCCUAUGGCAAGGACACUGGGGCAGCUGGAGCCAGGGCUGGUGUGGGUGCUAUUGGUAGGUUGGGAGAUGAUGAAAGGGAGUUACAUUCAGUCCGUGGUAAAGAUGUGAUAGGUGCUGUUGAACGAGGUGGUGAAUAUGGGCUGGAUUCACAUCCUGGCAAAUCUUCUAUGGGAGGUAAAACUGGAAAGGGCACUGCCAGUGAUUUCAGAGGAUCAGGGAACAAAGGUUCGUUUGAUGACAGAGAUUCACUUUCAGGUCAAGGAGGUGCCAGGGGUGAACGCAGAGAUUUAGGACAGUUAGGCUCCCUUUAUGGCAAAAAUUCUGCCUUUGAAGGGGCAGGGAGUAAAUCCCAUAACAGAUAUGUUGAUGGAAGGAAUUCAGGUGGUUUUGGUCAAGGUUCAUUGGAUUAUGGUCAGAUGUCAGAUCUUUAUGGUGGACCUCCUUCAAUAAACCAGAGAAAACAGGAACCCGGCCUUGAUAUUAAAGCAAAUGAUUUCUUGAAGAAUACAGAAAGUAUGGGAAAAAGAAGACAUUAUUGCCUAGAUGAUCUGAAAGCACCCCGCUGUUAUGUCAACAAACACUUACUUGAUGUCAGAGUCCUGAAAGGGGAACCAGCUGAGCUGUCUUGCACUGUCAGUAAACAUGAAGUGACAGCAGCCUGGUUUAAAGAUGGAUUAAAGUUAACAAGCAUGGAUGGAGUCUUUUUUGAAAAGAAAGGUCUAGUCCACAAACUAAUUAUUAACAAAGUGGAAGAUAUUCAUGCUGGGAAAUACAGAUUUGAAGGUGGAGAUGUAAAAACUGAAGCUUCAAUUUUUGUUGAAGAUCCUCCACAGGUUGACAAAGUUCUCCUCAAAAACUUAACAAGUGUUCCUACUGUGGCCAAGGCAGGGCAGAACGUAAAGAUCAAGAUCCCUUUUGAGGGCCGGCUGCCGGUCAGAGCAACGUGGCUAAAGGACAGAAUGGAGCUAGUAGAUGACACAAGGAUUCGUGUUGAUAAAACAGAGACCUUUACCAUGCUGUCCAUCUCCAGCAGUGAGAGAGAGGACUGUGGGGAUUACAAAGUCAGGCUGAAGAAUGACAGUGGGGUCCUGGAGAUCAACUUAAAGCUUCUGGUGAUAGACAAGCCACAGCCACCUGCAGGACCCAUCAAAAUUGUAGAAAACUCUGCAAAUGACAUCACUAUUCAGUGGAAGCCCCCAAAGGAUGAUGGGGGCAAACCAGUGCAAAGGUACAUUGUCGAGAGACAGCAGGUGGGCGAGAAGGACUGGGUGACUUUGGGAGAAACCCCCAGGAGCUGUACUACCUUCACUACUAACAAAGUGGAACAAGACAUGAGCUACUACUUCAGGGUGAGAGCUGUGAAUGCCGAGGGAACUAGUGAUGCACUGGAAUCAGAUGAAGUGAAGGCUGUUAGUAAAGCUCCACCUGGUGCCCCAGAUCCCCCUGAGAUUGUCAGUGCCAGUAGAGGCACCGUCACGAUAUCCUGGAAAGCACCUCGUAAAACUGGCAGUUCCCGAAUUGUGGGAUAUAUCGUUCAAAAACGCAAGAAGGGUACCAUGACCUGGCUGCCAGUCAACAAUGUGCCUAUAGCAGACAAGAAGCUGAAAAUGACCAAUCUCAAGAAAGGGCUGCAGUAUGAAUUUCGUGUGGCAGCUGUCAAUGCUGCUGGCGUAGGAGAUGCCAGUGAACCGUCACAGCCUGUCUUUGCACAGGAUUCCAUGAAAUCUCCAGGUCAAGUGCAGGACCUUAAAGUGAGCAGCAGUGACAGCAGUAGCGUCACCUUGACAUGGAAGAGACCUGAAGCGAAAGAUGGGAGUGAUGUGAAAGGCUAUGAGGUGGAGAUGCGGUCUUCUAAGAACCUCAACUGGACCAAAUGCAAUACUCUUCCCAUAGAGACGACCACUUACACAGUUAAAGGCCUCCAAGCCAAGGAGAUGUACUUCCUACGUGUGAGAGCCCUCAAUGACAGUGGUCCGGGAGAAGCCGCAGAGAUUGAAGCUUGCAUCAAAGCUGCUCCCCCUGUAGUUUCUCCCAGGUUACUACUAGACGACACAGUGAAAAGCUUCCUGGUUAUAAAAGCAGGAAAUACCAUCCGAGUGAAUAUUCCCUUUGAAGCGUCUCCAGAUCCAGUGGUGACCUGGUUAAAGGAUGGGCUUCCUCUUCCAAACCGGGCUACAAUAAACACCAAAGGUGGUACCACCCAGCUGCUGAUCAGCGCAGCUGAGUUCACUGACAGCGGCACCUACACUGUUGAGCUCCAGAACGGGUUAGGGAAAAGAGAAACAUUCAGCUUCCAAGUUCAAGUGAUAGAUAUCCCACAGCCGCCUGGACCUAUUCAGUUGGUAGAGAAUGUGCCAAAUACAGUGACAGUAACCUGGGAGCCAUCAGCAUCUGAGAAAUGGGAAAGUAAUCUCUACUACACAGUCCUGAAACGUGAAUCACGGAAGGGCUUGUGGCACGUGGUGGGUGACCUGAUCUACACCAACAAGUUCACAUUCACCAAACUGAUCCCAGGCCAGGACUACUACUUUAGGGUUGUGGCAAAAAAUAACUUGGGAGCCAGUGGUCCGUCUGAAACUCAGCAGCCUUGGAGAAUUCAAAAACCAAAGGCUGAAUUUCAAGUCAAACCACAGAAAUACAGGGGAGUUAAUCAAAACCAGCCCCCGAGAUUCCUCGUCCGGUUGAAGCCUCAUGUGGUGACUACUGGGAGUGAGUGCCAUAUGAGCUGUGCGGUUGGAGGCCAUCCGCCUCCAAAGAUCACAUGGUACAAGGACAGUAGAGACCUCUCCAAUGAUCCUACCUAUUUUUGCACAAACGACUUUGGUGUCUGCUCCCUGGUCAUCCUAGGUGUCACAAAACAGGAUGAAGGAGAAUAUAUGGUAGAAGCCACCAAUGAAUUGGGCUGUGCAUUCACCAAAGCCUUCCUCACUAUUAAAGACUCGACCCUGUAGCAUGGCCUUCCUGAGAACGUCUCUGCACUACUGUGUGAAUGCAAAGGUUUUUAUUGAGAACUGGCUCUAUAAGAAGGCUAUGUAUUUAUUUUCAGAUGUGCAUUAUAGUCUGAGUGUUUUAUUUUUCAGAUCCAGUAGUUGCAUUUUGAACAUGAUGCUGCAUUGUAGUCAAAAUGGGAAAAAAAGC